AUGAGGUGCUGCGAUCAGCACCUGAGGCGGACCGAGCCGGCCCCCGGGAGCAGCUGCAAUGAACCGGUGACCCCUGCACCGCGCUCGCGCCGCAACGGCUGGUCCGCACGACCCUCGCCCCAGCAGCUGGUUUCCUACUUCACCUACAUUUACUUGGUUGUUGUCGGAUUUGGGAUAUACAUCCCACUGCUGCCCUCCCCAUGGGACUCGUUGGCCUAUGGUCAUCUUGGAUUUUUCUUUGUUCUUCACUUGGUUACCCACAUUGCAACUGUGUUGAUAGACCCAGCAGAACCCAUUGUGCGCGCCAGAAACUACGCCUCUACCUUGCCGACCUUUGACAAAAGCCAACAUGCACAUGUCAUCCUUGACCUACACUGUAAAAUCUGUGAUAUUGACGUGGGACCUCGAGCUAAACACUCCAAGGCUUGCAACAAAUGUGUUACAGACUUUGACCACCACUGCAAAUAUAUGAAUAAUUGUGUGGGGAGGAGGAAUUAUUGGUUUUUCUUUGUGGCCGUUGUGACUGCUGCUAUUGGAAUGUUUCUGCUGCUCCUCAUUGUUUUGUUCAUCAUCAUUGAGCACUUUUUGAACCCGGCCAUACUCCGCACCGCCCCUCAGUUUCAAGAUGACAUUCACACGUGUAUGUCAUGCGGCACAGUGCUAUCUGUUCAGUCUGUACCUGUCUGUCCAGGUCUGAAUAACUCGACAUGGUUGGUGUUCCUCCCACUGGCUCCUGUGCACACCAGCUCCCCUGGACUCUUGGUAGUGAGCUGCUUCACCUUUUUACUGACGCUGGUUUUCUUGGUGGUUAUGACUCACCUGCUGGGAUUUCAUAUAUUUCUCUUGUCGAAGAAGCUUACCACGUAUGAGUACAUGAUGAAAAAGCGGCAAGAAGAGAUGGAUCGUGAUUUGGAAUUGGGACAGAAGCAAUCCCGACCCACAAGUGCGGAAUCAGCAAAGACACAGCCUUCUGUGGAUGUAUCUGUGGACUGUGAAUCAUCUUUGACCAGUCAAGCCAGUCAAAGCAGUAUGGAGUACCAGGAUGAAAGGAGGGAACUUGCCCUGCGUAUCUCUAUGGCGAUGUGUGCGGAGGCCCUCGGUGAGUCCCUCAGCUGGACUGGACUACAGCAGGUGGUGGUGGAUGGAGAGCAGAGCCGUGAGAAGUCUGUGGAAGCGGCUCCUAUUAUCCAGCAGCCCCUGGGCAGCUCUGUCUUGGCAGUUGAGCAGCAGCUGAGCAUGGACACAAGGUCCGAGUCGGCCCUCUCCCAGCAGUGA